AUGGCAGACAAUACGACGGCCGAAGAUACGGUGGUCACCUUCAACGUCAAGGCUUCGAGUGCACCUAAAGUCACAGUGUCUCUACCACUUACCACAACCGUAGCAGAUCUUAAGACCAAGCUGGCCGAACCUGAUAUGGCAAAUGUCCCAGCGUCGUCGCAAAGAUUGAUAUACAGUGGGAAAGUGUUGAAGGACCACGAAACGUUAGGUGCUCACAACGUGAAAGAAGGAAACACAAUGCAUCUGGUACGAAGCGCUGCCAGCAAUCAGAGACAGAACCCAGCGAGUCAAAGCACUCCGGCUGAUACCGGCUCGACCACGACCACUGCUCCUGCUGCCAAUGUACCUCAAAACUUUGCUGCUGGUACAGGAAACGAUCCUCUGGUUGGUCUGACCGGCGCUAGAUAUGCUGGCUUUGCUGGCCUACCUAGUUUACAAGAACUAGCGAACCCACCUUCCCCAGAAGAGAUGAUGCGACGUCUACAGGACCCGAACUUUGCACAGAUGAUGAACGAAGCUCUAUCCAACCCACAGAUGAUCGAUAUGAUGAUAAAUUCUAGUCCGCAGUUAAGAGCUAUGGGUCCUCAAGCAAGACAGUGGCUGCAAUCGGACUAUUUCAGAAGGAUGCUGACAAACCCCGAUACUAUGAGACAGAUGAUCGAGAUGCAGCGUAUGAUGGGUGGUUCUGGUGCAUUUGGUAUGGGCGGAGGUUCAGAAGCCUUCCCAAUGCCUGGCGCAACAAACACUACCGAGGGUCAAGAUCAAAACCAAACACAUAACCAAGGUCAAGGCCAAGGCCAAGGCCAACAGCAACAGAAUCCAUUUGCUGGUAUGCUCGGCGGAGGAAUGAACCCUUUCAUGUUUAUGCCUCCUCCUCCUCCUGCCGGCCAGGAUCGAUCCGCCGAUCCUUCGAACAACGCGGAUACACAAGCAUUUAACCCCUUUGCUGCACUUUUCAAUCCAGCUCCUGCUCAGACACAACCUGGGCAGCAACAGCCCGGUCAGACAGGAUCCGAUUCGAACAACUCUUCGCAGCAGCCCAACCCCUUCGCGGCUAAUCCUUUGAUGGCCGGUAUGAUGAACAACCCACAGAUGCAGCAAAUGAUGAACAAUCCCGAGAUGCUGCAGAACGCUAUGCAGAUGAUGUUAGGAGGCGGGGCAGGUGCAGGUGGUCUAGGAAAUUUCGGCAACUUUGGAGGGCCACCGGACAAUCGAGCCCCAGAAGAGCGGUAUGCAACCCAGUUAGGUCAACUGAACGAGAUGGGCUUCUACAACUUCGACCAGAACAUACAGGCUCUAUCCAGAAGUGGUGGGGAUGUCAACGGAGCUUUGGAAUGGCUGUUUUCUCAGCCACCAAGCUGA